GGGGGGGGGGUGAGGGACCGCGCACUGCAAUCUACCACUGUAAAGACCCCGCAGGGGGGCUGCAGUUGAGUGGGGACGCUCCUCUCCCCGCAGCCCCCAUGGCUGCAGCUGAGCUGACCCCAGUGGAGACGGCCAUCGAGACCAUCGUCACCGUGUUCGUCUCCCACACGAGGAAGGAGGGUCGAAUGGGGACAAUGACGGCCACCGCGUUCCAGGAGCUGCUACGGCUGCAGCUGCCCAACGUGAUGAAGGAUGUCCCCUCCCUGGAGGAGCAGAUGCGGAUGCUGGAUGUGAGCACAGACCAGGAGCUGACGUUUGAAGAGUUCUGGCGGCUGAUGGGCGAGUUGGUCGGGGCCCUGUGGAGGGAGAAGGAGGGGAGGAAGAAGUGAUGGGGAUGGGGGGACCCU